AUGGAUGUGUACGCCAUGGACGAUGGCGUGACGGACCCGCCCACGACGGCUCUGCCUACCACGGCCCCUCCUGCCACGGCCGCGCCGGUUACGCCCCCUCCUACCACGCUGCCGCCCACGACGGCUUCGCCUACGACGGCCCCUCCUGCCACGUCCCCGCCGGUCACGGCCCCGCCUACCACGCUGCCGCCCACGACGGCGCCACCUACCACGGCCUCUCCUACCACUGCCCCUCCUACCACGGCACCUCCUACCACAGCCCCUACUGAGGCUGUCAGCGGAGAUGUUCUCGUCGACCUAGUGCCCUGCCUGUUCUCCUCUUUGGCGGUUGGGGAGUCGAACGAGAACAACCCAGCACUGUACAUCAUGUCGCUGUUCUUCAAGGGAUACUGGUCUCCCAAGACGGAGGAGUAUGUCGUAUCUGAAACCGACGACCUUUCGGCCCUUCUGGUGGACUCGACCGACACCUCGGGGGUGCCCCACGGAAAGUGCAACGCCGUGUACAUCGGCUACGCGCCGUCGACGGCUCAGGUUGCCGCUCUCACGGCCUACUCGGCACAGUACAAGGUCCGUCUCGUCUACUUCCCGUCCGCUCUCACCCACACCACCGAGAGCUUUACGACCAAGCUCGGGAUCCAGACGUACUUUGCCGGGGACAUCGUGACUCCUGCGUUCGUGCAGCUCAGCGACCUGGGCGCGGAAAAGGUGACCAUCACACAGCCCGGCUUUAAGACCGACCCGAACGUCGUCACCCCGGCCCUGUUCAGCUACCCGGUGAUCGUCAAUACGGUUCCCGAGGAGGGGAUCGAGGUCCUCGCGCAGUACGUCGAUAGUGACAGCGAGCCUUACCUAUCCGGUGCUGCGGGUGACCAGGAAAACGCUGCGAUGCUCAGCUACACCGGUGCUGACGGCCACGAGGAGCUGCACGUCUUCAACACCAUCGGCUGGUUUGACGCCGGCGCGUGGCCGUGGGCGCACUUCUACAACGAGUGGGCCACCAAGGGCAUCUUCAUGGGGGAGCGCCGUUUCUACCUGGCAGCGGUUGUCGACGACCUCUUCCUCUCCACCCCGGAGUUUGAGUACGACGGGGUCUUGAACGAGGCCGCGCUCUCCCAGCGGUGCACGGGGGAGGACCUGACGAACCUGCUCAGCGUGCAGCAAUCACUUAACGCCCUGUACGCGGGAUCGGACAUCAUCACCGAGUUCGCCUUCAACGGCGGCGGGAUUGCGGAGCAUGUGUCACAAGCGGUCGAGAACAUCACGUACGUGCCCGACUACGAGGAGACCAUGGUGACCACGAAGGGCACCCAGUGGUACGAAGACGGUCAGAUCAACGUGCACGACACCAACUGGCUCGCCACCAACGUCCCUCUCAUGCAGCAAGACAUGGCCGACGGCACCUGGGAGGCCAACGACGAGCUUCUCGUGGCGGUGAUCAGCUACCUGGACACGUCUUCCACGUUCUACCACGGCCAUCACACCCUCAUCCACCUGUCCCGCGACCAGCUGCGCGAGACGGACUGCGUCACCGAGGACUCUGGUAACGUGCAGAUCGCUCUCAUGACCGGCAUGUGGGACAGCGACAACUACAACUGGCGCUCCAUGGUAUCCCCCGGCAUCACGGGUCUCUUCAACGAGAACUGCCUCGACUCGGCGGCGCAGAACCUGAUGGUGUGCUACCCUGGCGACAACACCUUCGAUGGAACCGUGUCCGGUGCUACCAUUCUAGUCAACGAAGACAACCAGUUCCACUCGAUCUACUCGACGGUUGCCGACAACGGCUAUGAUGGUAUCCAAAUCGUGCCCAGAUUCGCGACCUACGUGUACUUCAACUGCGUCACCGGCUCCUGCCUCGUGAACGAGAACGAGUACAUCAGGCGCUUCGUCUGCGGGUGCACCCCGCUCGACCCAAGCAUCGCCGACUACACUUGCACGAGCACGGCAGACGAAUGCGUCGACGACGACGGCGCCCCGGACAUCCAGUCCUUCGGUGACAUCGAGGCCCUCUUCGACGCCGAGGCCUCCACCACCACGCGCUACAUGCUGACUGGCCGCAGGGACAAGUACAUGUUCCACCAAGCCAACAUCAUCCCGGCAGGGGACGUCGGCGACGGAACCCAGUCCCUGCUCGACUACUGGUACGAGCGAGUCUUGGAGGUGUUCUCCAGCUACGUCACCUUCCCGGUCAAGAGCAUCAAGUUCGACGACCUGUGCACCGAGUUCACUCUCCACGAAGCUCUGGACGACUCGAGCCCGUACGUCACCAUGGCCCUAGACGCGACCGGGGCUGUUACCGGCUUGUCCUACGUCUCGGGCAGCGGGGCCGGCCUCGUGCCCCUUACCGUCCCGACCGCUUCCGCCGCCUCGAUCCCGACGACUGACCUUUCCAUCCAAGACACGGAGACUUACGGCACCGACACCACCUACUACCUCAAGGACGAUGACGCCUCCACUGUCUCAAGGGUGGGCACCAAGCCUGAUGCCAGCGAUCUUGCCGAAGUCCCGUUGAUCGUUGUCGAGACCGACGCCAGCGCCACGCUGAGCCCGGCGGAGAUCGUGGAGAACGCCGAGGAAUUGGCGGAGAACCAGGAGACGAACGCCCUCGUGGCCGCGGAGAACGGCGGUCUCUUGGCCGACCAGGGCCUGGUCGACGCGGACGUCGCCGCAGGCGUAGCGAUCGACGCAGCGGAGGAAGAAGGUCUCCUCUAAUUGUGUUUCGGAAGGCCGAUGAGGUGCCGCCACCACCUUUGCGUUCUGUUUCUGGAGCGUACGGGAGGAAUGCCGCGCUCUCCCAGGUUUUGGUGCUCUGGUUUUUGGUCCGGUGUGCGUUUUCCAAUUGCAUUUUAUCAUCUUGAGUAAAGUCUUCGUGAGUAGAAGUCUGCGCUAUGCCAACUGAAGAGGACAAGUACGUGCACGUCUCCCGCUGUGCAAGCAAGAGCGUUUGCCUCCUCCGCAUGCACUCGUAGACGAGAACACGUGCACCUCUGGUGUGGGUCUCCCUUUGAGCGUGAUGGAACCACUAGAUUUUGUCAAAGACAACUAAAGGCUGCGAAAGAAUAUGCGUAUGUUGUUGGAAUUUUGUGCAAAGGGAACACCAGGCUCUAUCUACUACUCGGUUUCCAGAGGGGGAAAGAAACUCCGUCUUGGUGGCGUAAUCUCCGCUAGAUGUGUGUUACGCCAAUCGUCGGACGUUUUUUUCCGAAGCACACCAAAUAGGAUUGGGAGGGGCGGUUGUAAAGUAGUGUUUUGUCCUUUUCCGGCACGCGAUACCGUUCGUGAAG